AAGCAGUACAAUAACUUGCGUUAAAAACCACAUGAUCCAAUACUUCCGUGCUUAGUCAUUAUUAAGGAAAUUGGGGAAAAAAAUAUUGCAUAACUUUCUGGCCCCAAUGCCGGGAAGUGUCUCAAGUUACGUCACUCAAUUCCCAUAUAACCCCACUUUUAAACCGCACAUAAACAAUGAAUAAUUUGGAGAUCCCGGCCGAUUCGGCCCCCGAAUUCACCUCAACCAGCGAGACUAGUCUCCUGGUGGUAAUCGUCGACAGUAACCCCAGCCAGAAGAUGCUCCGAGACAACCCCCACGUCCUCACCCACUGCAUAGACUCAGUCAUAGCGUUCGCCAACUCUCAUUUAAUGCAAAAGGCGCAAAACAAGCUCGCCGUGAUGGCUUGCCACUCCAAGACCAGCGAGUUCAUCUACCCGGGCCCCAACAAGCCCCUCGACGUGCGCCAAAUCGACGGCCAGUACGAGGUUUUCACGGCAGUGGAGAAAACAAUCAAGCAGAACUUGGCCAAAUUGCUGGCCACCGAAAAAUCAACUCUUGUGACGGAGUCACUGCUCGCAGGGGCGAUCGCUAUGGCCCUGUGUUACAUUGCGCGGAUCCAGCGGACGAAGCCCCCCGGGUGUGUCCUAAACAGCCGCAUUUUGGUGGUGACGGGGAGCGGAGACUCCGCCUCGCAGUAUAUGAAUUAUAUGAACGUUUUUUUCACGGCGCAAAAACAGGGAAUUGUGAUUGAUGUGUGCGCCCUUGACCAACAUUUGAGUCUGCUGCAGCAAGGCUGCGAUAUCACAGGGGGGCUGUACUUGAAAGUCCCGCAACUGCAAGGCCUGUUACAAUAUCUUCUCACGUGGAAACACUGGCGUGUGAAAAAUCCAUUGCCAGCGUUGCCAACCUUGAAUUAUUUCCAGUGGGUGUUUUUGCCUGAGCCGCCUAUUCGGCAAAAAUUGGUGCUUCCGCCCCCUGUCAAGGUUGACUACAGGGCGGCUUGUUUCUGCCACCGGGAGUUAAUUGAUAUAGGUUACGUCUGUUCGGUGUGUUUGUCAAUUUUCUGCAAGUUUAGCCCGAUUUGUACGACUUGUCAUACUGUCUUCAAAAUCCCAGGACCGUUAGCUGUGAAGCCGAAAAAGCGGAAAAUCAAGUUGUAAUAAAAAUUUUUUUUGUUGAA